AUGAAGUACGUUGCCUUGCUCAGCGGUGGAAAGGAUAGCUGCUAUAAUCUUUUGCAUUGUCACAAGAAUGGACACGAACUUGUAGCUGCAGCAUCUUUGUCACCGGAAACAGGAAAAGAAGAAAUAGAUUCAUACUUGUACCAAACUGUGGGACAGGAUGCCAUCGAGUUUGUCGCACGAGCCCUUGAAGUACCACUCUAUAGGAAAAUUAUCACUGGAGCUGCCAUUGAGCAAGGAUCAGAAUAUGGAGGGCGUAGUGCUAAGGAUGGGGGAGGCAUAGAAGGAGAUGAAACCGAAGAUCUGUAUAAUUUGCUCUCUGAUGUCAAAUCGCAUCAUCCGGAUGUACUAGGUGUUUCUGUUGGCGCAAUUCUUUCAAAUUACCAACGGGUCAGAGUAGAACAUGUAUGUCGUCGCCUCUCGUUAACUCCACUGUGUUAUCUUUGGCAAAGAGACCAAGCAGAACUCCUCACUGAGAUGAUCGAAGCGGGAAUGGAGGCCAUCCUCAUCAAGGUUGCAGGUAUAGGACUUACCCCGAUGCACCUGGGAAAAACUCUUGCAGAAAUGCAGCCAACAUUAGUGAAAUUGAAUACAUUAUAUGGUUCUCAUAUAUGUGGGGAAGGGGGGGAAUAUGAGACCCUGACUCUUGACUGUCCCCUUUUCAAACAUCGUAUUGUGUUAACUGAAACAGAAACCGUCACCCAUUCUGAUAGUGGUUUUGCCACAGUAGCAUUUCUCCGUAUCAAAGGUACUACUUUGGAAAGAAAGGAGGAGAAUAUAUCAUUCGACCUUCAAGUGCCUUCUCUGUUGACCCACAAAUUCGAGGUCAUUAGCGUCCCUAAUCGCACAUCCCAAGCUAACAGUACACAUACUAUGGAUGGAUUGAACGAUUUCCCUUUGCCUUCCUACUCUUCUGGUGCAGAAAGCAGAUCACUGGGAUCAUGGGUCGCGGUGACCAAUGUGCAUAGGAAACUCAUAGAUAUAAUGGGUGAAUUAUCUAUUGAAGAUGAAGUUUCGGAAUGCUUUCAUCAGUUGCAAGACUGCUUAGCAGCUCACUCCCUUACUCUUUCUCAUAGUGCCAAUAUCAACAUAUU